AUGACGGCCCUCCAUUUGUCUGCAUUCAAUGGUCACGUACGUGCAGUUGAAACACUCCUGGAAUUCGGCAUCGAUGUCGACAUCCCGGAUUCUCGGAGACGCACCGCAUUGCACAUUGCCUGUCAUGUGGGUAAUAUACAGAUCGUGGCUCUUCUCUUGCAAGAAGCUGCCGGCACAGAGGUAAUGGACUCUAAUGGAUAUACGCCCCUGCAUAUUGCCUGUCAGACUGGAAACAACGAGAUUGUGAGGCUCUUACUCCGCAGCGGCUCCAAUCUAGACACUCGUGUGGGUGGCACAUCCUAA